AUGUUGAACGACACAUGGACGCACAUAAUCUCCCAAAUCCUGGGCUGGACUUAUUUCAUCCUGUGGUCGCUGUCCUUCUACCCGCAAGUCCUGCACAAUCACCGCCGCCGUUCAACGGAUGGCUUCUCUGUCGACUUUGCAGUGCUUAACAUCCUCGGCUUGACCGCAUACACAAUUUUCAAUGCCUGCUUCCUCUUUUCGCCGGUUGUGCGGGCCCAGUAUACUCAAAGGCAUCCCCAGGGCGCCGAACCGACCGUCCAAUGGAAUGAUUUCGUCUACGCCCUCCAUGGAACCCUGAUUUGUUGUCUGAUUGGCAGCCACUUCCUCUGUGCGAGGUUCUGGAACUUUCAAUCUAAGUCACAACGGGUGAGUAUCUUGGCUCUCGUGAUCAUUGGGGCAUGCGUGGGGGUGGUGGCCUUGGCCAUUCUGUACGUUUGGGUUUCGCCGUCGUGGGAAUGGAUUGACGUGGUCUAUGUGGUCGGCAUGAUCAAGGUGUUCCUAACCGCCGUCAAGUACACUCCCCAGGCCGUAAUGAACUAUUUAAGGAAGUCCACGACAGGGCUUUCCAUUGUCGCGAUCCUGCUUGACCUGGUGGGCGCUGCGCUGUCGUUGAUGCAGCUGGCGCUGGACUCUUCGUUGCAGGCGGACUGGUCGGGGACCACCGGAAAUAUUGCCAAAUUCCUGCUGGGAAACAUGACCGUCCUAUUCGAUUUCAUCUUUAUCUUCCAGCACUUUGUGUUGUAUCUGGAACAACCGGCGGAGAGGAAGCCAGGGCUAUCAGAGCAUGAUCCUCUCCUGGAUAGUAGUAACGCGCCAUAG